CUUCAGUUUUAAGAUACAAAAAAAACUCCACAAUAUCAAAAAUAUCUUAGAGUGCUGCAAAGUGACACACAAAAAUACAUUUUAUUAAGCACAUUAACACAAAUUAUUUUCAACAAGGCACCUAAACGCUCUCAGAUGACAUUAUAGUCGCUCAAUCAUGCAAGGUAGACUCUUCUCCUCACUACCCACCCUCCCAUGCGUGUAUGUGUGUGUGUGUGCCCCCUUACUGCCGCUCAACCCCCUCCCACCACCAUCCAUCCACCCACCCUUACACUGACAUACAUCUGAGCAGGACCCUGCACCUUUUGUCUUGGGCUCCCUCUUUGUUAGCAGCUGGUGGACAGAGCAGCAGCCUGCAGCAGCAGCAGCAUGUACACUUUACAAUAACAGUGUAAUGACAACAUGCUGCAACAUAUCGGCCAUGUUUAUGUGUGAAUGAGGGGCAGGAUUAAUUAUGCAAAAUGUAUUGUUGGGGUUUUAUUUGAAUAAAGAUGAUAAAAGGGAGAGAGUGGUGAUAAUUAGAUGGAGGCUGUGUGUGUUUUUAAACAUAUAUUUCUAUAUUUUAUUAUGAAUGUGUUUAAAUAUUUAUUUUUAAUUCAUUGUGGUGGUUUAAAUUCUGUGUCUAUCUAUCUAUCUAUCUAUCUAUCUAUGCUGUCUGUCUUGUUUUCUGUCUGGCUUAAGUGUGAAGCAGCAUCAUCAUCAUCACCAAAGUGAACUGCAGAUAACCCCAUGACGUGGCAGACACACUAUGGAAAGCCUAUAUAAAAUUCACAGAGCCCCGCAUGUAUCUGGUGGUGGUCUGAGCCGCUGAUAAGGCUUUGCAGGGCGAUCUGACUUCAGUCUAGAUGAAGGAUGAGCUUCUCAGACAUAGACGUUGUCCAUCCUGCUGAUGCUCCCUCGUCUCAUCGUAAACUCUUGUGCACCCUCUGGUGCUUGCUAGUCUCCCAAACUUCUUUGUGUAGCCUGCUUUGCAGAUUGUCUUCCUUGUCUGUGUGGUUGCUCAUUAUUCAGAGACAGACGGAUCUCAGGUCAUCUGCAGCUGCAGCAAAGGAGAAGCAGGAAAGAUGGCGAUCAUCCAUUAGACCGACCGGGCGCACGCAUGAAAUACGAGGACAACUUUUGGGAGGAUCGCUUGAGGAGAAGAUUGUACCAGCUACGUUGUUAACCCGCCUGUCCCUGUCCCCCCCUCUCCUCUCUGCACUGUUUGGAUGCUUAUUUGCUGUCACUGGUCUCAAGUCAGGUUUCCCUGAUUUUCCAGGGAGUGCUCCCUCUUUUCAGUGAUGGAGGUAUUGCAGUGUGACGGCUGUGACUUCCGUGCCGAGUCAUAUGAUGACUUGAAGACCCACAUUCAGGAAGUGCACACAGCUUUCCUGCAGCCUGCAGAUGCAGAUGAGUCUGACUCUCUGAAGGAGGAGGAUGAGGAUGAGGAGGAGGAGGAGGAAUAUGACGACAAGGAUGACAAGGAUUACACGCCUCCUAAAGCUGGAAUGAGCCCCAACUCUGCUGACAAUUCCAACCAAACACCACAAAAGCAGACAGAUGAAACCCACCUGCCGUUUUACCAGUGCAAGUUCUGUGUCCGUUACUUCAGAUCGAAGUCAUUCUUGAGAAACCACACCAAAAAAGUGCAUAACGUCAUUGAGGAAGAUUCAGAUGCAAGCAUCUCCUCGCAGACAGCGAAGCAGCCCAGCUACACCGUUAUAAUGCACAAUGACCAUUCAAAAGUCUACUCCUGUCAGUACUGCACAUACAAGUCUCCACGCAAAGCAAGGAUAAUGAAACACCAACUAAUGUAUCAUAACAAGGGUCCCUCAGACGGCACUGGAGAUCCUUCAGAAUACGCAGAGACCGGAGAGCAAUCGGGCUCAGCAAGUGGACUCAUGAAGGGAACAUUUGCCUGCGAGUGGUGUGACUAUCAGACUGACCAGAAGGACAGCUGGACUAAUCACGUGGUGAAGGAACACAGUGACAAGGUCAAGAUAGUUUCCUGCAUUGCAGAGCUGGAAGGGGAGGCAAGUGCAAGCUCACCCAAUAUAGAUUCUCCCUCCGCCUCCCAAAGCCCGACUAGAUCAAAGACGACUUUCACUGAGGUUCAAGGGAAGGAAGAGCCAGUAGGAAAAACAGCAGAAAACACGUCAGAGAAGUCAAUCCCAGAGCUCUCAUCCUUUCAGUAUGCACAGAUGAGUGCAGUCACACCCAACAGCACAGGUACCUCCAUUUUGUCCAAGAGGUUCACUUCGUCUGACGUCUCCAAGAGCGUCGUAGAUAUGGAUGCCAAGCUACUCAAUGAGGAGGACUCUAGGAGCAGCUUAGAGGAUGAUGAUGAAGAAGAGUUGGGCGAUAUAGAUGAUCCCAGCUAUACUGGGACACUGUCAGCAGAUGCAAAGCAGCUUUUAACUGAUGAAGAUAAUAAAUUACUGGAGACUAAAGGAAUACCGUUCAGAAAGUACAUGAACCGUUUUCAGUGCCCGUUCUGCUCCUUCCUCACCAUGCACAGGCGGAGCAUCUCCCGCCACAUUGAAAACAUUCACCUCUCUGGUAAAACCACAGUGUAUAAAUGUGAUGAAUGCCCAUUUAUUUGCACCAGCCCACUUAAACUAGGCACGCACAAACAGAGCCACAUAUCCUCAGAUUUAGACACCCUGGACCUAACAAGCGAUAGUCCAGAUCCUCAGAAUGACAAUGCUGCAGAGCCAGUGAAUGGGGGUAGUGUAAGUUCCAAAGUCAAUGGAAAAAAGACAACCAGCACACCGAACGACCAGCAGAACCCUCAUCGCUGCACGCUCUGCAGCUUCUCUACCACCACUUUGAAAGGUCUGAGGGUUCACCAGCAGCAUAAGCAUUCCUACUGUGAUGACCUAGAUCCCACUGUCUUUGAAAGCCAGCUGACUGACCAGCCGGAUUCUGAAGUGGACGCUUCUCCAAUCUUUCUACAAAAAACCCAGACCUCCAUUUUAGGACUUGCCACCAAAAAGCCCUCGGUAACAGGGAAAAGAGCCAGGAAGUCCAUUAAUGACUUACCUUUGGAUUUGUCCUCGGUUAAGAAGAGAACUAGAAUUGAUGAAAUUGCCAGUAACCUUCAAAGUAAGAUAAGCCAAAGCCAACAGGAUAUGAUCAUAAACCUAGAUGACAUGGAUGAUGAAGAUGCAGGAGAAAAUCAUGCCAGUGCUGAUACAGAGGGUAGAAACCAUGACAAUAAAAACCCUGUCUUUACUUAUAAUACACAACAGUUUCAUGCGAGAGAAUCAGUGAUCUCUCACGAGGGAGGCAGAAUAGGGAAAAGAAAAAGCAACCCCAAGUCAAAACCUAGAAACAUUCCUAUAUCCCUGACUCUCUCAGAUGACAGUGAAAACAUCUCUGCUGACCCCAGUGAUAAUGCUGUCCAAGAGAACGCAGAUUAUUCAGAGGAGCCAGGAACUACACGUUUUUACUGUAAACACUGUGAUUACCACAACAAGUCAGCUCGUAGUGUCAGCACCCAUUACCAGAGGAUGCACCCUUACAUCAAGUUCAGCUUUAAGUACAUCCUGGACCCAGAGGACCAGAGUGCAGUCUUCCGCUGCUUAGAGUGCUACAUCGAAUACACAAAUUAUAAUGAUCUACACCAACACUACAUGGAUCAUCACCCUGAAGCAAGCAAUGUGCUCAACUUUAACCAACCGAAUCUGGUUUACAUGUGCCGCUUUUGUUCGUACACGAGCCCCAACGUCAGGAGCCUGAUGCCCCAUUACCAAAGAAUGCAUCCUACAGUGAAAAUCAACAAUGCGAUGAUCUUCUCCAGCUAUGUGGUUGAGCAGUCCCACAAAUCGGGGGAGUCGCAGACCCUGAGGGAAAUAUUAAACUCUGGCCCCAAGAAUUUGAACUCAGCCACAUCAACCACCAGGUCCUCCUCCAGUCCAGUGCCAAAACUGGUCUCCAAGACCCCUGAAACCAGCUCUGAGACAGACUCUCUCAAAGAAUCCAUGGGUGGCAAUGUUGUCGUCUAUGAUUGUGAUGUGUGUUCUUUUGCUAGCCCCAACAUGCACUCUGUUUUGGUCCACUAUCAGAAGAAACACCCAGAGCAAAAGGCGUCUUAUUUCCGUAUACAGAAAACCAUGAAGGUCAUCUCUGUGGAUCAGUCGCAGCCUGCUGCAAACUCCUCAUUCAAUCUUAGCAUGGCAACUCCUCCAAAACAACCAAGCGCAGCACUGUAUGGAACAGAUGAAGAAAUGUACUACUGUAAACAUUGUGUGUACAGCAACAGAUCUGUUGUUGGUGUGUUGGUCCAUUAUCAAAAGAGACACCCAGAGGUAAAAGUGACAGCAAAAUAUAUCAAACAUGGUGCCCCCACCCCUGGUUUGAUGAAAUUAAUGGAUGAAUUACAAAUUGCGGCUCCGAAACAGUUCUUGAAGCAGUUUCAAAAUAACGGUCACGAUGGCUCUAACAGCACGAGCCCUAAACCAGGCAGUGGUGAGAAAGGUGAGGAUGAGCUGUUCUUCUGUCAGCACUGUGAUUAUGGCAACCGCACUGUAAAAGGAGUGCUCAUUCAUUACCAGAAGAAGCAUAGGGAAACCAAGGCCAACGCUGACCUUGUGCGUCGUCACACUGCAGUUGUCCGGAGCCAGCGUGAGCGUGCGCAGAUGGUUCAGUCGAGUAGCGUCUCUUCUGCCUUGACCCCGGCCCCUCCAGACCCUGAAAACACUACACCCCUGCGCUCCCUGAAGUGCAAACACUGUUCCUACACAUCCCCCUACGUCUAUGCCCUAAAGAAGCAUUUGAAGAAAGAGCACCCAACUGUGAAAGCCACAGCCAUGACCAUUUUACACUGGGCUUACCAAGAUGGCAUUUUGGAGGCUGGCUACCACUGUGAGUGGUGCAUUUACUCCCACGCUGAACCCCAGGGCCUGCUGCUCCAUUACCAAAGACGCCAUCCUGAGCACAAUGUGGAUUACACAUACAUGGCCAGCAAACUGUGGGCUGGACCAGAGACCACCCAACAAGGGGGCAAUAUGGAAACGAAACAUUACAAAUGCAGAGACUGUGCCUUUGAGGCCUGCACAAUAUGGGACAUCACUAGUCACUAUCAGGCAGUCCACCCUUGGGCCAUUAAAGGGGAUGAAUCUGUGCUUUUGGAUAUAAUCAAAGGAAAUGGCUCAGCUGAAAAGAUCCAACAGCAGGUUGCCAAAGAACACGUGUCUUUCAAUUGCCAGUCUGUCGAAGAUGAUGGAGCGCUGGUCAUUGUCACCCCACCUCAAGAGAGCAAUCCCCAUCCUACCCACCCACGUCUUUCCAUCUCUAACAACCCUUAUCAGUGCACUGUAUGUCUGUCAGAGUACAACAGCCUCCAUGGCCUCCUCACUCACUAUGGAAAGAAACACCCGGGCAUGAAAGUAAAAGCUGCAGAUUUUGCACAGGAGGCAGACAUCAACCCCAGUUCUGUGUAUAAAUGUCGUCACUGUCCAUAUGUAAACUCCCGAAUCCACGGCGUCCUGACUCACUAUCAGAAGAGACACCCAUUAGUGAAAGUCACUGCAGAAGACUUUGCAGAUGAUAUAGAGCAUAUCACCGACAUAAACGAAACAGACGACAAGUGCAAAACUCAAAGGCAAGGCUAUGGCGCAUACAGAUGCAAAAUGUGCCCGUACACGCACGGGACACUGGAGAAACUCAAAAUCCAUUAUGAGAAAUAUCACAAUCAGUCGGCCUCUGACAUGUUCGCCCCCUCUCUGACACACUUCUCUCCCGCUAAAGACACAGAGCCAGUAGCCGAAUGCAGCGCUGGUAAUAUAUCAAGCGCAGCAAAAGUCCAGGAGGUCAGUGAAUUGGACCUUGCCCUCUCUCAGUUACCCAUCAAUAAGGCAGAGAAACAUGCUAUAUUCAAGUGUCAGCUCUGCAAAUACUUCUGUUCCACAAGGAAAGGCAUCGCUCGUCACUACCGUAUCAAGCACAACAACGUCCGUGCUCAGCCAGAGGGUAAAAACAAUGUCUUCAAGUGUGCUCUGUGUUCAUACACGAACCCUAUACGCAAAGGUCUGGCAGCACAUUACCAGAAGCGGCAUGAUAUUGACGCCUAUUACACCCAUUGUCUGGCUGCUUCCAAGACAAUGACCGAAAAGCCUAGCAAAGUGAUAGCACAGCCGCCGUCAGAAGGGGACAGUUCAGAAAUGAGUGAAGACUUGCGCUUGGCAGUGGAGAGACGAAGGUGCUCUCUUUGCGCCUUCCAGGCCUUCAGCAGGAAGAGCAUUGUCUCACACUACAUUAAACGCCACCCAGGUGUCUUCCCCAAGAAGCAGCACGCUAGCAAGCUUGGUCGCUACUUUACCGUUAUCUAUGCCAAAGAACCCGAGAAGAUAGCAGUCAGCGCACUGGCAGAGGAUGACAAGGAUGUACUGGAGGUUCAGCUUGAAUCCGAGGAAGACAGAGAGGCUGAGUGGCUGCCGUUCAAGUGUCUGAAAUGCUUCCGGUUGUCCUUCAGCACAGGCGCGCUGCUCUCUAUGCACUACAACGACCACCACAGCAAUGACUUGAAGAGGGACUUUGUGGUGUCGCCCGGUCCCGGGGAUGAGGAGUCCGAGAUGUACCAGUGUUCUCACUGUGAGCUGAAGUUCCUUGCUCUCCCAGUUCUGGCGAAACAUCUAUUCAACCACAAUGAGGAGUUCCAGAAGAGGGCCAUGAGGCAGGAGAGGAGGAGGCAGCUGCUCAGCAAACAGAAAGCCUCAGAACUACCUGAGACCAAACCUGAGAAGGAAAGUCCUGUAAAUAAAGCUCCUAUAGGAUUCAGGUGUAACUUCUGCAUAGAAAUGCACCCCACCCUCCGAGCCAUCUGCAACCACCUUAGGAAGCACGUCCAGUAUGGAGAGGUCAAAGAGGGACACGUCAAGCAGGAAGUCAGCGACAUCCCCCUGACCCUGCCUUCAGAGAGCCUGACUAAUGGCGACCUCGAGGGGGAUGAAGCAGCUGAAGGUGACAGCCUCGAGAGACCCGCAGCUACGAUGAUGGGUCCACCCUUGGUUUCCACAGUGUCUGGUGGUGGAGGUGGUGGUGGUGGUGGUGUUGCCGUUGCCGCGGAGACACUGGAACCAGAAACGCAUGCCGUUGAAGGAAGGGCAGCGGCCCUCGUGGCUGCAGCGAGGGCCGCGGUGUCAGAGGGCGAACUGAAGCAGAGAUUAGCUGCAGGGGGUCACCUGUGCGCCCAGUGCGACCGAGUCUUCAUGUCCAUGCAGGGACUGAGGUCCCAUGAGAGGAGCCACUCAGCCAUGGCGCUGUUCAGCAGAGAAGACAAAUACAGCUGCCAGUACUGCCAGUUCGUCUCACCUUUCAGACACAAUCUGGACAGACAUGUGCAGUCUCACCACGGGCACCACAAGCCCUUCAAGUGCAAACUCUGCCCCUUUAAAUCUGCCUACGUGAGCCGCUUGAAGAGCCACCUGCACAAGGCACACACAGGUGAGCAGCACACAUACAAGUGCUUGUCGUGCCCCUUCUCCUCCAUGACCAUCAGCCAGCUGAAGGAGCACUCUCUGAGAGACCACGGUGAGGCACUGACCCUCCCCAAACUGCGGGCUGCUACCCAGGCUGCUCAUGGUGCCCUCAGGCCCUCACGGCUGGCCAGUAACACAGAGCAGACUCCCUUGGCCCCGGAUGAUCCUUCAUACCUGGAGCCAGCGGAUGUUCGUCAGCAGCUCAGUCAUUACCAGCUGGCCUCCCGCAGUCAAAUGUCUUCCGGCUCAACACCUGGCGGCUCAACAGUGGCUGAUAAUCGACCAGACAGCGUCCUCACUUGUGAGUUCUGUGAGUUCAGCUCUGGAUACAUGCAGAGCCUGCGUCGACACUACAGGGACCGCCACGGUGGCAAGAAGCUCUUCAAGUGCAAAGACUGUUCCUUUUUCACCUGCUACAAGAAUACCUUCACCAUGCAUGUGGAGGCCGGUCACAACAACAACAUACCCGAGGACGUCCCGAAAGACCUGCGCUGCCCUCUCUGUCUCUACCACACCAAACACAAGAGCAAUAUGAUUGACCACAUUGUCCUGCACAGAGAGGAGCGCGUGGCUCCGCUGGAGGUCAGCCGCUCCAAGCUGUCACGCCACCUGCAGGGCCUCGUGUUCCGUUGCCACAAAUGCACCUUCACAUGCUCCAGUGACCAGGCUCUGCAGCUGCACCUGCAGAAGCAUGCUGAGAUCAAGCCCUACCAGUGCCAGCUCUGCUAUUAUGACAGCAGUCAGCGGAGCCAGCUAGAGGAGCAUCUACGCAUUGAGCACAAGGUUAUCCGGAACUUCGAGCUGAUGGGCCGCGUCAACCUGGACCAGCUGGAGAUGAUAAAGGAACAUGAGAGCAGCGCAGAUGAGGACGAAGAAAGACAACUCAUGGAGAUGGUUGUAGAUGGAAAAGUAGCUGCAGACGAGGAGGAGGAGGAGGAGGAGGAGGGGGAGGAGGAGGAUGAAGAUGAAGGAAUGGAGAUUAUGGAGAACAUGGUGGAGGAGCAGAGGGAGAUGGAUGAUGAAGAGAUAGAGGACAACAUCAAAGAGGAGGAGGAGGAGGAUGAGGAGGAGGAGGAGGAAGAGGAUGAAGAGGUAGUCAGGGCGGUGGAGGAGGAGAAGCCUGUCCUACAAGAGGUCCUUGCAUCUCCCAUCUGCAGCAGCAACAGCAGCAGCUCUGCGCCGAGCGGUACAGAGAAGCGUCUUCCCUGUGAGUUCUGCGGCCGCUGCUUCACCAACAGCCUCGAGUGGGAACGUCAUGUUCUUCGACAUGGCAUGAUGGUUAACAACAGCCGAAUGGACACCAGCACCACCUCCGCAAUAGAGGCCUCAGCUUCAUCUUCCACUGGCUCCUCUGUCUUGAUGGACACAGGAUUGGACCUGUCCAGCCACAGCAACGAGGAGGGGAACCCCGCUGAUCUAUCACUGAGAAGUCCCAGCCAGUAUGUGGAAGACAAAGAAAUGCUCGACACCAAAAAGGAUCAACAGUUUGGCUGAACUGAUUGUGGCCUCUUGAGAUGUUGUGCCAGAAACUGUUAACAUUGGGUAGGAUCAGCACUGAGUUUAAAUAGGACGUCAGAGAAAACAAAAAGAAACUGAAAAAAAGUGACUUCUUAUGAGUUGGCGCAUUACUAGAUAUUAGGUGUUACAUACUGUAUUUAAGUAUUAGAUUGUGCUGCAUAAAACGGCUGAGCUCUCUAAAUGGGCAGUCCCCUAGGACAGAUCUUAAUAUAUUGGUAACCAAUAGUGAACAGAACUCUUUAUUGCUGACAUUCUGGUCAAAUCUACCGUGAAAGAUCCCACCUAGAUGAAACGAAGCUAUUUAUAAAGAAUAAUGUCCAAAAUGAAUAACUAAAUUUAGUAUUUUAUUAUUUGAAGCACCUUUUACACUCCCCCCAAAACAGGGGUACUGUAAAUUUACCCAAAAGAACAAAUAGGAUAUGAAAGCAUUUAAAAACCGUGGCCCACUCUAGAGCUACAUUUUCUCGUUUCUUGUUGAAAUUUGAGACUUUUUUCAUCUUAGCCUUGUGUUAAAUGUGUAGAAGUAUUCCUUCAGAAGAGUCGCACCUUAUCUAUUUUAGUAAAACCACAAAUCAUGUUUUCUUCAUUCAUAGAAAUACUGAAAAUUUCCCCCGAUGUUUGUAGCAAAUUGCUAUAUUUUAGGUCCUUUAAUAAUAUUAUACUACGUAUAAGCCUUCAGCCUGUGGCACCCUUUGCAUUCUGACUGUACUGUUUUAUUGUCCAGUAAUUUCACUGAUGAAACCAUGGAAAUAAUGGGAUUGGUUUAAAUCUCCCGCCCCCCCCCCGUAAGAUAUCAUGUUUGUAGUCCAGGUUAAACUAUAUCACAGUUAACCUGUGCACUCAGCAGAUCAAUAUAACAAUGAGAUAUGUUCGAAGUGUCAUGACUGUAUCCAUGUGAUAUAGGUAUCCGUUAAGCUGAGCACAGCAAGAACGCAACUACAGGAUUUAACAACAGUGGCGUAAUAUUUGUCAUCAUCAAAAGAAGGAGAUUACACUUGUCUUUUCAGUGCAAAACUAUUAAUGAGAUGUGCCAGAAUACGGCUUUUUUCAACACCGUAUGUGCAUCCACAAAUAACAAUUAAAUGCAAAGUUUGGAGGAGGCUGACCCACAUGGAUGAGUGUUGCAGCUAGUGCGUAAGUGCCUUAAAAUGCAGUUCCUCUUGGGCGCCCCUGUAGCUUACUGGGUAGAGCACAUACCAUUAAGGCUUACGGCAGUGUACAUGUCAUCCCCCUCCUAUUUUAUCAAAUAAAGCAGAAUGCCCCCCCCCCCCCCCACAAAAAAACUUUAAAAAAUGCAGUUCCCCUAAUGGCCACUAGAUGGCUUUAAUUGCUUUGAAAUAAAAACAUCAGCUGAUUUGAAGUAACUUGGAAAUCAUCCCCAAUCUCUCUCUUGAAAUAUAAAGUUUAUUCCGUUACUUAUCUCAUUGUGUGUUCAGGUGUUUCACAACACUUUGCUGUGAACAUGAAGGCAUUCGCAGGUGUUCCAGGUGUUCAUGAGACCGUACGCGAAGGCACAGGAGGUGUGGCCGACGCGCCCAUUUGUUGUGGUCUGAGGUGCUUUUUCUCUAGUCCAACAUUUAGUUGUUCCAAAUGUCAUCAAUAGAGCCGUCAGUCCACAACCCAGUCACCAACAUAAAUUGUACAUUGUUGUUGUUGUACAUUUCCGCAAACCAAGAUUAUGCUAAAUUUAUAUCUUUCAUAUGUAGCGGAAAUGUUGAAACUUUUAAUUUCUUUGCAUUUCAGUUUUCAGUUUUAUGUUGUGACAACGCUGGUACACGUGGUUACCUGUAAGUUUAGGCACAAAAACCACUUGGUUAGGGCGAGGAAAACAUCCUUUCUUUUUUCGUAAAAUACCCGACAUGGUCACUCUCGUCAACAAACACUUGCUUUUGUAGGUCUUGAACAGUGGUCUGCUGCUAUCUGCUGCUCUUAGCUCAUAUACAUGUAAACUGAUCUACGACACACAUAUAAAACAUACAAACGUGUCAUGGUUUGCAGAAAAGUACAACGCCAAAAUUUUAUUCCUGUAAUUGGACUGUAUUUCAGCUAGAUUUUAAAAGAUAUAUAAAUACAUUCUCACCAACCUCUGGUGGUGUUUAGCCUUGUAGAUAUCUUUGGUUUAUUUGCCAAGGUUUAUAGAUAUCCGUUUCGGAGAUUUCUGCUGAUCCAAUAGAAGCAGGUGGAAUUUAAUCGGUUCUUCUCACAGCAUUUUAAGAAAAAUGAGCAGUUUUCAUUUGGACCUCUUUCAACCAGAUAAUAGUCUCUAUGAAAACUGUGUUUGCUGAGUGCCCUAUGUUAUCUGGAGUGAAAGGGUGAUGCUCUUUAUGGAAAGAAAUGCUGCUAAGUGUGUUUUUUGUUAAUGCUGUGACCACCACAGAUGAAAUUCCACGCUAAGCUGCAUAUAAGUGGAGCCAUGUUUGCUUGAUUGACAGAUGUCUCUGCCUUUCACAGUCAGCCCUAGUGAUUACCUCAACUUCAUCCAGGUCUCUCCACAUUGGCCAAAUUUGGAUUUUUAGGCUCCAAAUGACUGACAGGCUGGCAUGAAGCAUUAAACUCAAACCUUGGCUUCGAGACGUCCCUUCAGAAACUUAUGGCUGAUGCCACAGACAUGUUUUCCUACAGUUUGUGGUCCAGUUUUGAUGUGAUGGGAUAUACUGAAAAGACAAGUGUAACCAAGUCGGAAAGCCCUGAAACCAUUUGUUUCCACGUAAUCAGACGAUAUUUGCCACUGGGACUGUAUGUAGAAGAUUGACUUUUUAAGGGUGUCAAAUUCCCCAACGUAAACCCCUUUAAAUUCCGUACUGACACACCUGUCAUAGCCUGCAUAUGUGUGCUUCGUUUUUAGACAAUGCUGUCAUGUUAUUGUUGAUACUGACAAAAGGCAGAGAUUGUAUUUGUUGGAAGUUGCUGCUUGAAUGCCCGAAAGCCUUAUAAGAUAAUGAAAUAGCAAUUAAAUCAAAUUUAUGUCCCAAUUCCUAUAAGACCAAUAAGCAACGUUAAACAAUCUGAGAUAAAAUGGCUGAUUACUGCAAUUUGUAGAGGAGCACAAUUCAUGUAAUUGUGUUCUUGGUACCAAAAUAUUUACCCAGCCCGCUGUGUUUGCUGCUGUGAUUGUCCUUCUUGAGCAUUGAACCAUUGAUGGAAAUGGGAAAAUUUGGGUUCAGAACCCAGGUGAACCACAUGUUUGCAGCCAUGUAUAGAAAACAAAAACUACUCGUUAAGUGUUUGACCCGUGGUGUUUCAGAAAGGAUACUUUAACCCUUUUUUCCUUUAGGUGUUCUCAUUUUAAAAAAAGACGAAAAAAAAAUCUAAAGAUGAUAGCUAACCCUUAGGGGCUUUUUGAGUCCCCAAUCCAACAUUAUUACGCUGUUGUACAAUGUCUGGUUACAAUGAAAAAUAUCUCCUUUUUUGUACUGUAAUGGGAAUGAGCAGAUAGGAAGAGCAGUGUGGUUGUACAAUAUUUUAACACGUGAAGGAAAAUGAUGCAGUUCUCUACUAAUUAAUGGCCAGGGCUUUAAUUGUGAAGAAGAAAAACAUGACAAAGACAGAAAAUUGUUCCUUUGGGGGCAUUUACCUAAACUGCUUGGUCCUUUUCUGGGCUUGGCCACCGACCUAUAGAUCCUUCUGAGAUCUAGCUCACUCAUGUCCAAUCCAACACCUGACACUCCAGUAUUUUCUAUCCAUGACCAGUAAGGGCAUCAGCUGCCCAUAGUCUACCCAGUCAACAAGAGGUGGGAAUGUAGCAGCCCCACGAUGCUCCUCAGUCCUUGUAAUACCUUGAGAAAUCGGUUGAGUUGGUGCUGAAUCUCGAAGCCCUUUUUCUGUUCUUCAGGACCAGCUUGUAGCUUUUUGAAAGUAAAACUGUUUGAAAACUGUUGUUGUAGAAAUAAGCUUUGUAAGGCAGCUCGUUGCCCAGCUAGAAAGCCCAGUGUAAACCAUACGAUGAAUUGGGACAAUCUGGGUAAUGAAGCUGUCAACCCAAAAUUGUUUGUUGUUCUGUGAUCAUUUUAAUAGAAAAUGACUAUGAAUCCCUCACUGUGUGCAGUCCCUGGACUGUGAUAUUCCCAGUUUACCCAAAGUUAAGCCCCUGCUGACAACACACUGGAUACUUGUAUAUAUGUUUAGUUUGUUUCCGAUGCAUUUCUCUUUUCGGACUGUUGUCUCCAUAGUUUGACACUAGAAUCUCUCCUUCUUGCCUUUCUUCCCAUAUAAAUCUGAUUACCUGAUGGUGGGUUGUGAUGUUGCCUAGAAUGAUUGUUUACAAUUUUAUUCCAUUUAUCUCUGGAUAUUCUGUAAAUAUUGUAAUUCAUUGUCUUUUUUUAACUUGAUAAUAAAGUUAUCAGAUAACG